AUGGUUAAUGUGGCUGGUAAAAAUUUGGCAGGUCAAUUAUUUGCUGAGAUGACUUCAGGAGCGGGUUUUGACGAUAAUCUUUCUGAUGGGCUUCUCGGCUUAGCCUAUCCAGCUAGCGGCGGCAAUGGUGAAACCCCAUUAUUUUUUAAUAUGUAUAAACAAGGCCUUAUACCACAACCAAUAUUUUCAUUUUAUUUACAUCCACUUGCACAACCUGGUAAAUUAAAAUUUGGUGGUGCCGACACAACGGAAUACAUAGCUCCAAUAACCUAUACACCGGUAAUCGAAAAAUACUAUUGGAAAUUUUCCGUGAACAGUGUUAAUGUUUUAAAUACAAAUAUAUGUUCAUCUGGAUGUUAUGCCAUAGCUGAUACGGGUAACACAUACAUAGGUGAUCCAUCGUCAUACAUCAGCAAAUUGAAUAAAUUAAUAGGUGGCACAUAUAAUGAUAGUAUUGGUUCGUAA